GCAAUAUUGUCUAAUAACAUCAAGUCAAAAGGUGGCUUAUACAUCUUUAGCCAAAUAUUAAAAGAUCGAUGGCAUCUCUCCAUGAAUACUUGGACUUUGCUCAUUUGAGUGAAGAUUGCAAACUUGAUCUAAUUAACCAUGUGAGUCAACUAAGCUUGCAGUCUUCUCUCCUUCCCAAGCGCAAUUUGACUAUGGCUGACAAGAAUUUACCAACAGCUGUGUUUGCGACAACGGUCACCGCUCAACAAAAAGUCGUUCCCGAACUCAACAAGACAACCAAACAGCGCUUCCUUUAUCAAAAAAAGCACAAGGAGGAGACGGUCGAUACUUGCUUUAAGACUCUCAAAAACAACACUUACUUUAAAAAGUACACGGCUUCCUAUUUAGGACAGCCGAAUAGCGUAGACCCGUUUAGGGAGGAGCGAUCUCGAGAGGAAUUAAGCGGUCAGGACAAGGAUUUUGUGCAUCGCUAUGCGGAAUCGAUGACGCACUCCAAAAUUGAACGUAAUCGCGAUACGGACGAUGCAACCGUCUCUGCUGCCGAUGCAUAUCGAGAGGCCUUUCGUCGUUUGACACAUCGGGAACCAACCGACAAGGAAAUGGAAGAAAUCGGCCGCUUAAAUUUCGGGUUGGACGAACACGGAAAGGUUGGCGUGGUGCAGAAACCCCACACUUGCUAUGACCACUCUCACAUCACAUGCUGCAACCGCCGUGUGGAGAAGUGUAGCAAGCAAAUUUACGCACCUGAAAAGCCGGUUUUGCGUGCGGCGCGUGAGCGCUUUCCUGGGCCUGUUCCAAUAUGGUCCUCUACGAAGAACUCAUACACUAUGGUAGCAGGUGACACGGAUCAGCCCGGUCAUUAUAAACCCCAUUGUAGUUCGCAGAAGUCUGAAUUAAACACAAUAGUUGGUUCAAAAUAGAGGUCUAUGAUGGAUUUAAAUGAGCUUUCACGACCAAUUCUAGUAGCCAUAAUUUUAUGACAUCUUACGCAACUAUUUCCUAUAAAAACAAAGAGGUAAGUGUUACUUAUUUUUUUUUAGAAAAAGCUGUAUUGUCUUGGUGUUUAAUCACGCAACUUUUUUCUUUGUAUUAGGGAUGUAUAGUUUUUUUUUAUACUUUCUUCUGUAUGCAUGUUUUUCCCACUUUUCUAAUGAAAUGUAAAA